AUGCAUUGCGACUUUACUUCCCUAGACUCAAUUUCCUUGUCAGUACUUGGAGGGAAGUUGAUGCUAAGAAAUCUUGUUAUAGUAAAUGAGGAUUAUACUCUACGUUGCUGUCAUGCCAUAAUUGUCUUGAAUUAUUGGGUCAGCUACAACCCCGAAAAAAAAAAUCUUGAGCCACAGCGUAGAUGUCUCCACAUCUACCUUUACGGCGUUGAUGUGCAUCUCUACAAUCGGAACAGUGCUUACGAUGCUCUUCAAAGUAAGUCUCGAGGUACUGGAUCUAUGGAUGACAUGUGGAGUCGCUGGAAGCUGCUCUUCCCGGUUAUCAAGUUUAACUUUGAGCUGACUAAAUUAUGUGCUGGAAAUCACCUUCUCCCUAAGGCAUUUAUUUUGACCUGUGAAAGAGCUUCUGGAGUCUAUACUACCCGAGAUGCAACCUAUGCUUACGACAAAUAUCAACAUUAUGUGGAUUUGGAAUUUUCUAACAUCAUCGGUUCAUUCGUUCCCUCAAAAAAAUAUUCUGGCCACUAUGCAAUAGAGGAGCCUCCUCAGACCUUGGAUAACGGUAUCCAAAUUUUUAACUUUGGCAAGGGGCACAUAUGUUAUCUGCAAGAUGAACCAGGAGUCAUUCCACAGGAAUCUGAAACGCUUCGGCUCUCACCCGAAAACAAAGAAAUAUUUUGCACAUGGCCUCGGUGCAUUAUGACAAUCCGUGUUAUCAAAAAUUGCCUCAUUUUCUACAGCCCAUGGGCAGACAGGCAA